CGAUUGCCUUUCAAUCAAAUAGUCCCAGGACCAGUAACAAAAAAAAAACUUAAAAAUGAAAUCGUUCUUCGUUGUCGCUAUGCUCGUGGCCGCCGCCCUCGCCGCCCCCCAGCGUGGUCCUGAUGCUGACGCCCAGGUCCUCAGAUACGAGAGCGACAAUAUCGGAGUUGAUGGAUACAAUUACGGAUUCGAGACCUCCAACGGGAUCUCACAGCAGGAACAGGGACAGCUGAAGAACGCCGGCAGUGAAAACGAGGCUAUCUCCGUCCGCGGCCAGUACUCCUACACCGGCCCCGACGGCGUCGUCUACUCAGUCACUUACGUCGCUGACGAGAACGGCUUCCAGCCCCAGGGUGCCCAUUUGCCCGUCGCCCCCUAAGUCACUACGGCCGUCCCAAAAAUCUAGUCCAAAAAUACUCAUCCCCUCCCAUCUUUUAAGAUAGCGAUCUGUGAUAUGAUCCGAUACAAUGUUGUUAAUAAAACAAUUUACGUUAUAGUAACUCUUAUUGUUUUUUUUUUAUUCAAAAAGGAAGC